GAGAGAGAGUUAAACUUACUUAUUUUAUUUUCCCCAUUCUCAAGCAACCGUCUCUGUUUCAAGCCAUUGACAGUAACCAACCCUUCCCUCUACUUAUCUCUCUCUUUCAUUACUCAUUUCAUUUCAUUAAUUUUCAAUUCUAAAAUGCUUUCAAUUUUAUUCCUUUAUUUGACUUUCUCUCUCAGUUACAUGGAUUUUUUUCACUAUGAUUUUACAUGGUCAAGUAACUGAAAGGUUAUAAGUUACUGUCCUUUAGAUUGUGUUCAUCAUCAAAGUUACCGGCUAGCGCAUAUUUUUCAUGUUCCAAACGUUAACUAAAGGGACAUGGUGUGAAUAUAAACUAAAUUAAAAACAGAGGUAGGGUUCUACCUCAAAUGGAAAUUUUAUAAAUAAAAAUAAAUGUGUAAAGCAAGAGAAGCAGAGAAUAAUCCAAAAGGAGUUGGAAGGAGAGGCAGCAUAUGACAGAUAUAAAGACACUAAUCAUCAGGAUAAAGGUAAUUUAAAUGAUUGAAGUAUUUCGUUUGGUGAAAACCCUUUUUUUCUUUCUGUUUUUUUUUUCCCAAUAAAUUAACAAUCAUAUUCUCUUGUAUCCUUUUGUCUUUAUUAGUUUGAUAAGGUUGUGAAUGUAGGUAACAACUGAUAACAAUUAUGAUAAUUUUGAAUGAAAACUAUACAUUAUCCAAGUGAGUUUGUAAGUUUGAUUGCUAAAAAGAAUGAGAUGGGUUGAAACUUGGAAGAAGGAAAGCAAAAGGACGAAAAGGUGUUGCCUCAGCAAUUAAUAGCUUAACCGCAAAAUAUUGCACAAACCAAGGUUUCUUUGUAUUAGUGGAAGUCACUCAAUAUCUCUCUUUGAAUUAAAAAAAAGGAUUUUCAUAUCUCUUCCCUUCUUUGCUUCCAAGUCUUAUGGUUUAGUUAUUAACUUAUUGGAUGAAACAAUGAUAAGAGGAUUAGACAAACAAAACUUAGCAAGAAUUAUAUGUUUGUUAUUAUUAUAUGAAGAACUAAAGGCAAUAAAAGAAUAAAAAUGGAGGUGAUGACCUGUACUUUGUUCAACCUAUGGUUUUGUGGGUUGGUGAAUCUUUUUUAAGGCUUACCAGACAGAACAGAACCCAAUCUGACCUGUAGAUUUUGUCUUAAUAUUUUUUACUUCACAACCUUCUUGCUCAGCCGCCAGGUGACUCAAACCGGUUAUUAGUAUAAGAUUAUAGAACAAUGAUCUAGUUAAUGCUUUGGUUAUAUUUCAUUAGUAAUUUAGUAGCACCCACACCCCAAAAAAACAGCAAAUUUGGUUUGUAUAACAUAUAUAUAUAUAUAUGACUAGUUGACUUAUGUAUAAAAUUUGUGUUACAACUUAAAAUUGUGCUCAAAUUUUCCAAGAGAAAUUUCUCAGAGUCCUGUCAAAACUUGUCAGUUUCUGUCUUGUUUUCAAAUUCACCAAGACUUUCUCUAAUCUUCUAAUUAUUUUUUGAUCUCUCUUACAUACCCAAUUGUCAUAGUCCUUAAUUCUUUUUUCUCAAAAAAAAAGAAAAGAACAGAUGGGAUUAGAGCCGUGUGUUAGUGUCUGAAUGCAACAACCAAAACAGUCGGUCUCUGUCUCUGAAUAAGUCUUACUUCAGACAAGUCAAAUAAACUUUUUGAAUGAACAAAAUACUAAAAAAGUUUCUUUGAAGAUUCUCAAUCUUUUAUCAAUAUCAACAACACACACAAACAGAAGACUAGAGAGAGAGAUCUAGACUAGUGAUGGGGUGCGACUCCCACGGCAAUCUAACCGAUGCAGAGUUCAGCAAACCUUUACCCUCCAUAGGCAUCUACGUAGCCACUGCUUCACUCAUCUGCGGAGCCGCCAUGUUCGCCGACCUUCUCCACGCCUUCCGCCACCGCAAAUACUGGUUCCCCUGCAAGUACUUCUCACUCAACGCCACCACACUCACCUUCAUCUCCGUCUGCGUCAAACUCUCUUUAGAUCUCAACACCCCCAUGCCUAGUCGCCAAGACCAGCUCGCCAAGCUCAGCAGCAGCGUCUUCUUCUGCGUCGUGAUGGCCAACUCCAUGCCUUCUCUAGGCUUCAUGGUCACCCGAGACCUCCUCACGAACCUCGUGGCUCUCGGGAUUCUCGUCGUCACCGACGUCGUCAACAUCUGUAUCCAGCUGGGGACAGGCGCCAUCUACGUUUUCACUCGAGAGCACGCUCUCGUCAUCGUCCUAAUGCUUCUCACGUUUAUGAUCUUGAGCUUCUCCGCGAUCGCGAUUCCCGCUACAAAGCGUUACUUGGAGCUCAAGUAUAAGAAGAAGUACGAGUUCGCCUUGAAGGAGUGUCCUUCUCACGCGGAGAGGAGGAAGGGAGUGCCUAAGCUGAGAGAAGAUCUGAUGAAGUUCUGGAUGAUGGCUCAUACCUCUAGCCCUCAGUUCGUGAUGGCUCGCUCCGUGACGUGCACCGCCUCUGGCUUCCUCUGUUUCUUGAGUGCGGUUGCUUUAGCUGAAGCUAUGGUUAGGUCUUACUUUCUUCAGCCGCGGUCGGUUGGGUUCUGUAAUGGUGAGUCUGAUUACAAAUGGUCAACCACUCUUGUUCUAGUCUCUCAGGGAGUUGCAAUAGCCUUUGGAACCAUUGCUCCAGCGAGCAGGUGGUUCAGCGCGGUGAACUCGAGGUGUCCAUCAAAGAAAGGUUUGAGAGGUGAGAUGAGAGUAGAGAGCUAUUGGUUCGAGUGUCUCUCCGAGAAGAGAGAACGUCCUUUGAGCCUCUGGAUGCUCCAGGGUCGCCGCGGAAGGAAGCUUGCGCACGACGUAAACAGAUUGAUGCUUGACGUCUGCAUGGCAACGCAGCGUGGGUUAGUCUUGGCUAGCAAGUUUCUCCGUUUCGUCACUGUGUACUUUGUUAGUAGAAUCUCGUUGUGUUGUUUAUUAUUCACCUCCAAAUGUGAGAGUAGUACUGUCUCAAACUCCGAGUCCUCUUCCUCUUCAUCGACGAGACGAUUUGUUCUGCAUCUUGAAGGAGAGGAGGAGCUGGUGGACUACAUGGCGCGUAGUAACCGCGAGGCGACGGAGCAUUUGAUACACAAGGGUCGGAAACAGCAGCCUGUGAACUUGAUAGAGCUCUUGGAGAGAACAACAACUUCAAUCUCGCAAGGGUUUGAAGGGAUUUGGGAUUUCGACAGCGACGAGGUUGUUUCGUUAGCCUCUGGAGAGCCACCUAAUAGCUGGGCGCUUCCUUUAGUAACUCUGACGAGUAUAGCUGUUGCUCUUCCCAAUAUAAAGCCUUGCUCUUUGAAGAAGUUGGUGAAGGCUGUAAACGAGGCUUUGGUCUAUGUGAAGAAGUUUGAAGACGUUUUAGACAUUGAAGGAGAGUUAGCUAACAGCAGGAAAGCUGCUGAAGUGGUUUGGUUAGGUGUUGAUCUCUACCAUAAGUGGCUCGACGUGGAUCUUCGUAAACUAUCCAAACAACAAAAAUCAACAAAGCAAGUUCUUGAAGAGAUGGUGGGUAUAGCUAAGAAAGAGUUUACAGAGUUGUGGCAGAAGAAUCUUAUAUAUUGCAUGAAGCAUAAGCCUUCUCACUGGCCCAUCAAGACUCUGGCGGCUAACUCAAUGUACCGAAUCGGCCAAACGCUUUUGAACAAGUACGAGUCGAGAGAUGUUGGAACAGAGGAGGAGGCUCUGUUGAAAAAUGUGGAGAGAAUGGUGUCGGACAUAGUAGCGGGAUGCUUUUGCAACGCGGCGCAGGUGAUCGGGAUGAAGUGUUUGGUGACGGCGGUGGAAGUGAGGGAAGCGUCGGUGAGAGAAGCUGCGAUGCAUCUGGGGAGAACGGAGAAGAUACUUGAGAUUGUGGACAGGAGAUUCAUGCCUGCUUUGUCUCAUCACGAAGUGGCGAAGAUUGAUGAGUGGAGAGAGUUUUAUAGGACCAAUAGAUGCAGCAUUUCUUUGACUCGUCCUUCGUCUCAGUGUACCACACGUGACCUCAUUCUCAACCUUGAGUAGUAACACUUUAAUGUGAAGUCUAUAAAGAGUUGAGUUACCUUUUUGUACAUAUGAUAAUGAAAGCAAUAAUAUGCUUUCUGUGUCGGUUGAUGCGUAAGUCAUCCUAUCAGCUUUCCUUUAUUGACAAGUAAUAACGACUCUUCCAAAGCUUGUAUUAUUUAUUCUUCAGGAUAUAUUUGCAAUAGCCAAGUCUCUUGUAUCAAUGUACGUCAAGAAAGCUUCUUUUGAUUUUA